AAACCCCCCAAGCACCAACCGUGAAUCUAAAAACAUUAAAUGCAAAGCCUCGAACGCGCGUUUUCGUUUAUAUUUGGCUCCUGCGGCCGGAAAAGCCCAAUAAUGAAACUCCUGCGUUAAAAAGAGACAGACAUUAAAUAGAUCAAUAUAAGAGAAGCUCUGGCAGGAAUUUACUGCAGAACUGAACGCAACAGUAAAAUUUUAUAAUAAAAUGCCUGCGAAACGGAGGAGAGGUCAAGCCAACGAGUUUAUCAAAGUAAUAAUAUGAUAGUGAUUGAGUUAGUGAGUGACUGAUAUUUGGACAGAACAUGAAUUUGGUGAUGGUUAAACUUAACUACGUCUUGCCAAUUAUAGUGAUAAUAUCGCUAACAAUAAGAAUCGUUGUAAAUGCAGAAUGCCAAACGAGACAAAUCUACUGCUACGAAUGCGACAGUUGGUCCGAUAUGAGAUGCAAGGACCCUUUUAAUUACACUGCCCUUCCCAGGGAUCAACCGCCAUUGAUGACCUGCAACGGUUGCUGCGUCAAAAUGGUCAGGAAUUCCAAAUCUCCUUACGAGGUCGUCCGGAGGACUUGCACCUCCCAGCUACAGAUCAACCUCUUCAUGGUGGACCAUGUGUGCAUGAUGGAAAGUAGCGGAACUGGCCACAUGUGCUUCUGUGAGGAGGACAUGUGUAACGGAGCUCGAAGUUCUCAGAAGGGCUUUUCUUUUACACUCGUAGUCAUAGCUUAUCUGCUCCUCCGCCUGUGCAUGUAUAGGUAGACAGUGAGAGUUAUUGCAUUAACCGAUUUCAAAAUAACACGACACCACGCUGACGUUGCUUCAAACAAGACAGAAACGUAUGACAGCACUCCAUUUUGGUACUAACUUUGAAGCAUUGUGGGCAUUGACGUAGUUGCUAGAAAGUAGUCUAAGUACCACCUUUAACAUAACUCUACCGCUACUUCCAUCCAUACUUGUAUUGGGAAAUGAUUUAUUUUUUUAUGGUUGACAAUAAGUAAGAAGCGGCACUUCCAGUAUGUCGGCGGGCAUCGACUGCAUGUUGUUAGUUUAGUUUGAUUGAUUUUGGCAGCUGUCACGCUGUGGCUGGUGUAAUAAACGCUUUCGACGCUUAAACGUUGCGUUGUAAAACUGCAGGAAACCAUACAUACACUCAAUUUUUUGCUUUUUUGUAGUUUUAUAAGCCACUGUUAAGAGGAAAACGCGUUUACUGUACUACACAGGAGUGGCCAGAAAUUAGGCAAAGCAUGCUUCGACUUUUACGAACUGAACUAGCCUGUAAGAUAAGGGUACUAAUUUCUGACCCGUUUCUCCAUGGUAUUUUGUAUGUCAAAAUCGUUACAAUUACUAGAGAGGAUAAGAUAAUCGUCGAUUUAUGAAUUUUUAAAAUUAAAAUUAGUCACGUUUUUACGAUGGAAUUAAUGCUAAGCUAUAACAGUAUUACUGAGGUACGUAUAUCGAAAUCACUUCAUUCCUAAAAAUAAUGCAUCAAGUUUAUGUCACUGCUAUAAUAAAAUUUUAUAUUCGUCCGGUUGUUACAUAUUCAAACAAAAGGCCUCACUUAAAAAGCCUUCCGCAUGUGAGAAUCAAAAGUAACAUCGAGCUGCAAGGUUUUUUAAGAUGGGCAUUGUUGCAAUAAUUUCGAUUCAAUUAUAUUCAAGGUUUGCUUUUAUAACCGUAUAAUAACUCUAGCCAUAUCAUGUAUUAUGUGAAGAAGCAAAACAAUAAUUCAUUCCAUAUCAUGUACGAUGUUUAUUUAGUAGCUGCUUUGAAAAGGAACGGAGUGUCUUCAUGUUUGACAGUUUUAGAAGAAGGAUUGUGAGAGUCGCAGAAGGGUAAGAAAGAUCGUGUUUUACGUUUGAAGUCGCAAUUUAUAAAGAAAUAUAAUCCUAGACUCUCAUAAAUUUGUACUUGAGCGGAAAUUAUGUCAAUUAACUGUAUACCUACUCGAAUUCGGACGAAUAAUCAUUUGCAUAUUUUAAGUCUUACAAGAGUCAUACGGUUUUACUUCUUUGAGAAGCCAGUGCCGAUCCCGGUAUUUUAAGGGUAAAACAAAGUAAAACCAUGAAAUAUUCCUAAAGCAUUGCACAAGUGCUUCAUACAUCAAGUUGGUUUUGGAAAAUCUGUCACCGCAUUUUUAAUAAGAAUUUGCCGUUUCAUUAAGAUAGGUAUCAGAUCUAUUAUUACUGGAGCUGAAUUAUGGUCCAUACCUAUCAAGCUGAAAACGUAUUAUCAAAAAAGCUUACGAAAAGUUAGGUUUUUUGUGACAUUUUUAGCAGUGAAAAAAAUGAUCACUCAUACGGAGCGAGGCGGCAAAAUUUAAGAAAUUUCAAAGCCAGCUUGAAAUAAGUACCUACGAUGUUUUAUAAUCACCUUGAAUCGGACUGAAACCUAGUGGUAGCAGUGUCCAACUGUUCAGUGUAGUGUGCUAGAGGUAUUUGAAUCACGAAUGACGACUACGACAAAUUGUCUGCGAUUGUGCCAAAUAAAAAAAAAAGGUAUAGAAACUUGGACUGAUAAAUGGUUAGAAGAUUUGAUAGAGCACGAUACUAACUCACAGAAAUUCAACUUUUGACCUAUUAUUAAAAAAAAGUGGCCAAAAUUCAUACGAAGCAAAAAUUAUUGUACUUGCAGCUAAAAUAAAUGUAACUAUAGCAUACCAGAAUUUGGUAUUUUAGACAUUAAAAAAAUAACAUGUCAAAAAUUUGUAUAUUCAGCAGUUUCUACAAAUGAACAUUUGAAAUUUAAAAAAUUUUGGAAAUAUUCUUACUCAAAAAAAUUCAAAAAAUAUCGAAUUGUUGAAAAAAGAAUUAUAGAACUUGAAUUUAACGAAUGUUGAAAUAAUAGACACACUUAUUAUAAGAUUGGGAAAAUAUCAUUAGAAUUCUGAUGGAAAUAAUGACCGCAAAAUGUGUGGCAUUUGAAAAUUUUGGAAAAAAUUUCACAGCAAUUUAAAUAGACUAUUUAACACACGUGUUGUCUAACCAACAGAAAUGCCAGGUUUAUUGCUUACGCGUUGACACAUUAAACUUAGGCUUAAAUGACAAGAGUGUGUUGAAGAUUUCUAAUUCCAAAAUUUGUAAUGAAAUUAUAAAAAAUGUAGAAAAUUUUGAAUGUUUAAUCUAACAACGAAAAUGUCAAUUACACUGGAAUUAUACACACGUUAGAAUAUUUCAAAUCAAAUAUUCGUACUUAAAAAAAUUAUAAUCAUAACCAGUAUUUAUGAGAGGCGGCACAGUAAUAAGAUGGCCCGUUUUUGAGAUAAGCGGGCAUUUAUAGUGAAAUUAUUCUACGACAAUAUCAAUUUUACCAGGGUUCGAACUCAGGUUUCUUUCUGACUUGAAAAAGUUGGUCGGUUGUCAUCUAGACCAUCGUAAAUCUGAGUUCGGAGCAGUCGGGGACGUCUAAGCGGCAAAUCUCUACCCUUGUCAUUUCAUCUCUUGCAUAUGGCUAUUAAUCUGACAGAUCAAAAAAAUUCAAAACGGUGGUUGCGAAUCUAAAAUCUGACAGGAUGCAAUAAAAUAUCAAAUUAAAGAUAAAACAUUUCCUUUAGUUUGACAGAAUAUAGCACUGCGGCGUCAAAAUUGUCCAACAAAAACCCAAUUGGCAUUAUGACACUAAUUUGGACGUUUGUUUUCUGUUGUCUGUCAAAUGCAAUAGAGGUGUAUAUAAGAAUAGAUGUUCUAAAUGACGAAGUAGAGACGAUUGCCUGCUCUUAGACGGUUUGCAACUGAUUUGGUGUAGUUGUGUAGUUGUUCGGAAUAGAGCAUCGCUUAGAUUUGUGUUUGUGAUGUGAAAUAGUGGUGUGUGAAUACAUGGUAGUUUUGCGCCAGCAUGCGCUGACACUACACUAUUAUGGCGCCAAUCAAAGCGAUAUUUGAAUUCAGUAAAAAUGCACUCAGUGUCAAACAAGUAAGGUUGGAGUUAUCAUUAAAUUGAAAAUUUCAAGCGGCCGGCAAAGUGAUGGUGACCCUAACCUCACUUUUGUUUGUUGACGGGUUGAGGAGAAACAACAUGAUUAAUGGAUCACUACACUGAGUCAAUUGACAAUUUAUCCGUUUUUGUUUGUCAAUCUUAUUAAUUUCUUAUUGUGUUUCUGGUUAAUAAAGUUUCGUCUCCAGAUACAACAUCUACAAUCUCUGACUGCGUCAAACUCAGAUCUACGAUGGUGUGGACGACAUCACUUUUUCCAUGCAGAAAGAGAUCUGAGUUUGAAUCCCGAGCGGAGACGAUUCUUUUUUUUUUAUUUAAUAUACAAAGUGUAAAUUUUGAGUCACCUUGGUUUAACAAAUCUGUGUUACGUGCACUGGCACACUUAGCACUGUUCAAAAUUUAACCGUGCAAAAUUUGGUAUAGAAAUUAAAAUUCGAUAUCAUUUUGACAUAAAAAAACGCAAAAGACACAUUCAAAUUGGCAAAAUUUUUAAGCACUAGGAGCUCACAUAGACAAUUUUUACAAAACGGACUAUAAAAUAAUUGCUUUCAGAGUGAGAUUUAAAAAAGUAGAACUAAAUUAGCGUUUCUAUGGUAGAUUUAGUUUUACCUAGAAUCGUAAAAUUAUAAAUUAUUUUUGUUUUUUUACAUGAGGAGCUACUUAUGUUUAAAAAAAUCUUUACAUGCGAGGAUUUUUAAACACUAGUUUCAAGGUUUGACGCUAAGAUGCUCCCUUAAAUGUUCCAAAAGGUGUUAAAUGUUCUAGAAAUUUUCCGCAACUGCCCAAUUGCAAUAUUAUGAAUGUUGUGAUACUACAGUGCAAAGCUAAGUGCCUAUAAUACAUGUUCUUGAAAUGUUCCCUCGGUGUGCUUAAAAUUGUGAUCUCUUUAGACCAAAUUCCAGAGUUUGAAAGUCCUCUUCAAUUAAAACGUACGUAAGGGAAUAAAAAAGGAGCCGUAUAAUAAAACUCAAUUUCGAAUGCUGGAGCUGCAUUUCCAAAUUCUGUUAAAAUUAAGCUAAAUUUAUUUUGACUAUAAGAGUAGUCUUUAGCUUGUGGAUUUACUUUUAGGCCAAAAUAAAUUGAAUGAAACCCUACACAAUUCAAAAGGUAUCAAAAUCGUGUUCGACUUUUUUCAAAUUUGGAAAUGUGUGGGGUUUUAAUAAAUUUAACACGACGAAAGCAAUUAUCUUUAUAAAACAAAAAUCAAAAGCGUUGUACACAGUUUUCUAAAUUAUAACCGUGUGAACUAUUUCGGACAAAUUUAAAGCGUGUCUUUGGAGACUGUCUCGAAUUCCGAAAACUAGUGCAGGUAUAUUUGUCGAAGCGAAAAAGUUGGCGCUGUGAAGACGCAAAUUAUACUCAAUUAGAGGCCCCACAGUGUUAGCUUUUUUUUCCAAAAUGUGUCGAUCCAGCGGUAUUUUUGGUAUUUGAAACAGUUUUUAGUAAAACUGAACUGAACACAGAAAUGCCGAGAACAAACCGAUUCAGCUGUUGAAAUAUGCACAGAAAAAGCAAAAGAUUCCAAAUUUUGAUUUGUGGAAUAAUCAACGACUUUUCUAGAAAAUACGUUUUGACAGUCCAUGAUUCUGGAUAAAUUUUUCUAAGAUUUUGACAAUUCUGGUUCUCGGCGUUCUCUGUGUGAGGUUGUUUUGGUACAAUCAAAAUUAAAAAAAAAUUAAAAAUAUGAUGGGGUCAAUUGGUCACCGAGCACUUUUGGGUAUUGUUCGGUACCUAUGACCACCAAUUUAUAAACAAAAAAUAUGCAGAUUGAGCUAAGGGUUUUUAAAAAAUAUAUGCAGUUUAGGCGGGAAGUGACUAAAGAGCAUUUUCUGAUUUUAAAAAUAGAUGUCAGUGGUACAUACACAGAUAAGAUUCUCAUUACCUUUUAUAUUGUAUUUAUUUUUUAUUUGUAAAUUUUACCAACCUGUUACGAGCGGAACGAAGCGUUUGUCAUUAGAGUCAAAAAAAAGAGCAAAAAUUACAAAAAAAAAAAAGGAAAAUGAUAAGCUUUCAACAACUAUUUUUGUCCCUUUUUUUCAAUUUGAUUUUUUACUGUUAGUUUUAAAGUAUUUUGUAACUAAAUUAAAAAAAAAAUAGUUUGUCCAAAAUUUUUACUUUUUUAUUUUCCAAUUAAAGAAGUUGUUCAACAAUUUAAAAUUUCAGUCUUCUAUAGACAACACUGAAUAACACUAUCUAGGUAAUUUGGUCAACAUAAGGGACAAAACAAACUAAACAAAAGUAAAUAAAUGCCUGGUGUAUUAUACUUAGUACUGUCACGAUCAUCAAAAAUUUCGAUUGGGUUGCAGUAAAAAACAAAAUUUACGACACGAGAAGUUGCAGCGCAUGAAAUUGUCAAGUUCGAAGCAAAAUUUCAUUCAACAAAAGUGUCAAAUUAGUUUAAAAUUGGCGUUGAUUCUAAAUUUAUUUUAUUUUUUGGCAGAUAAGAAUUAUCAGGUGCCGAGUGAUCCAAAAAGCCUCAAUUCAAAAAAUGAUAAUAACUGAAACGAAAAUUCGUCCAUUUGCUUAAAUUAUAACAUCUACGUCGACACAGUUUGAUUAAACGACGACAAAAUUCAAAAUGCUCCUAAGUAAAAAAAAAGUACAAACAUUUCUGAAUGAACUACUAAAAUAGUGGCAACACAUUAUCCAAUUAUCAAAAAUAUCAGAAAAUUAAAUAAAUUAUAAUCUUACUAGCAGGUCCUAAACAACAUAAAAAUAAUAUUUACAUUUCUGGUAAAAUUAACAAACAGCGAGUAUUCAAGUUGUCAAUUUUAUGUAGAAAUAAACCACAACUGUUAACACCUUUUGCCGGUAAUGUUGACACCAAAAAGACGAAAACAGCAUCACGCGAACAUUGAUUCUAGUAGUCGUUCUCAUGAUGUCAAUAUUACUGACGAAACGCGUUGACUUGAUGGUGUGCGCAUGAGGUGUCGCGUGAACGUAAAAUAAACAGUUUGAAUCACCAUAACCUAUAUGAAACUUACGCACAUAACUUGUUAUAACUGUUAACAAAAAAGGUAAGAAAUUGUCAGUGUAAAAAAUAGGAGAAAAAGUAUCAACUAAAAGACAAAAACUUUUAAAACUAUCAAAUAGGACGGGCCCAGUGGUAGUUUUAAGAAACUUUGUUUUUCUAGAUUUUUAUUUCUUUGAAAUUUUAAACUUAGCUUAUUUUUUUUGAGGGAGUUUUAAAAAGGAUUUAAUCGACAAUAAAAACGGUUCAUUCUUCCAUCGUUUGCAGCAAUAAAUUUUAAUGAAAAUUAAAUAAUUAUUCUGAUCAGGUACAAACUCUGCAAACUAAACAAGACUGGAGCUUUCAAAAUUCUUAUCUGACUGAUGUGAAUCGAAAAGGACUAGAUUGUAUUAUCCAGCAAUAAAUUUAUUACUCUAAAUUACACUUCACUAGCACUAUAGAAAAAUAUAUGAAGCUAAAAAUAUCACAAAAUAACUGCUAAGCAAAGAAAAUGAAAAAAUAUGUGACGCUACUAAGUAUAUACAUUCAGAUUUAUAGAUAAAGUGGUGGAAACGUAUUGUUAUUUCCCAGAGAGUUUAAUGUGAUAGACUCUAUUUCAAAAUGGUGUUAUUAAAAAUGUAGGCAGGUUGGUAAAGAGUGCUUUUUUUUAGAAUAAAUGCGGCUGUAAUGCCACUAUAAUGGUGCAAAAGUUUCCUUCUGGAAUUUCUCGAAUCGCUAGAAACCUGUGCUAGCCAAAUAUAUAAAAAUUAAUUAAAAAAAAAAAUCGAAAAAAAAAUUUAAUGACAUGAGUGAUUCCACAUGAAAGCAACUCAAAAUAAUUUUCAGAAUCAUAUAUCCCCAAAUCAGGUGUUAAUCACGGAAAAGAACUUUAGACAGUACAAGAAAAAUUCUUUUAAUGUAAUAAAAUCUUAAUUAAAUGCAAAAAAAAAUACACAAAACAAUCACUAAACUCGGAAAUUUAUCGGAUUCAUCAAAUAACCGAAUUCAGAGUGCUAAAACUGAAACACCUAGAGCUGAUUUGACGUGGAAUCACUCACAUCAUAAGACUUUGUUCAACUAAAGCUAAGAUACUAUUUACCGGUAUAUUCCAAAUCAGUAUGAAUUACGAAACAACAUCGCCUUCAACACGAUAGACGAAAUAUUAGGAGCAAACUAUAAAAUUGAAAGUCUGAAAAACGCCUCUAUAUACUGCAACAAUACUACCUAUAUAUCUAGAUUUAGUACGAGAGGAGAAAAUGGUACUUGCAAUCAACUUAGCUGUGAAAUGAAUUCCAAAAUUUUGGUCAGACUGAUAAAUGCAAAAUUUUGAUGGUGCCACUGGGCUUAAAACUGGUGCAAAAAUCUUUCCAGGUUUUUCAAGUGGUUAGAAAGAUGCGUCUGCCCAAAAUAUAUACAAAAAACAAUGCAAAAAAAACAACAAAAAAAACAACAUAUGGGUAAUUCCAGUUUAAACCAACUUUACAUAAAACAAUGUUUUUAUUAUUGUAAAGCAACAUAUAGAGUGUUUCGCAAGUUGCAAUUACUCGGCCGCUUCACUGUUGGCACACUCUGUAUUUGUAAAAAUUUAACUGGAAAGGUUUACUCGAAGAACAUCCUAAUUUUUAGCUGCAUCUGGUUGAGAGAAUGAAGAUAGAAACAUUUUAACAUACGAGUGGAAUUACCCAUAUGUGACAUUCUGUCAUAUUUAGUACUUAGGUACUCAUAAAACAUUACAACUUUUUUUUGUUUUCGAUCCAAGACUGACAAGAUAAAUAUACAGAAAGUAUUGCGGAUAAUAUGACAAUGCAAUAAAAUCUUGGUUUCUUUUUCAAUUCUUAAUCCUUCUACAGUAUCAUACUAUCAGAAGCCGAAUGUUCAUUAAUCAAUCACAAUUAACACUAUCUUUGAAUUCAGACUGUGUUUCUUAAAAUUCUGACGUGCUGUAACCGUGUUUUGGUAUUUUCAGGGCGCACUUAAAAUAUCAAAACACCAAAUAAUAAUGAAUAAGACACCCACUUUAUCGUAUUAUAAAAAUUUUAACCUAUAGCUGUAAUAAGUGUACUAUAUGUAAUAUAAUGAGUGUUAUCUUGACGUCGUAGCUUAACAAAUGCAUGUUUUUAGUCUACACACCGAUAUAAAUUUUAUCAAAUUGGAGAUAAAAUGUUAGUGUUUAAAAAAAUUGUAUGCACACUUCAAGCAAGCAAAAAUGAGUUUUACCUAGACUUUGAGUCGACAUUCUACAUAUUGUACCGAACGUUCACCGAACAACGACAAUCCCGAACUGAGACCAAAGGCGACGUCCAGAUUUGAAUUAAAGUUGACCGAAUUCCGAAAACUGUCUUUCUUUCCUUCGUUUGCGACUUCAACUACCUCACGAAUUUCGUUCCUUUCCAGGCUGAUUGUUCAACUCUGUUAUUGUUAUGUACGAUAUAAAUUUUAUGACGCUCAAUAGAAUUUAAGUUGUUAAUUAUUCUUAAGUAACACACUGCAUCUCCUAAUUUAAGUAGUGUAUAACAUAGAUACUAGAAGCAUGAUUGCACGAUUUGCACAAUUACGGAUUAGAAGCAAAUUGUGGCAUGAGGCAGUUGAAAGGCUUUUGUUGUUUGUUGUGGAUGAUUGUUGUUCCUUCUGCAAUGUGGAGACCGACGUCCACAACAAACUGUCUCUAACCAAACGACCGAAGGCAUGUUUCAGUGAGGCAAGCUUAGGCUUGAGUUAAAAAUCGCUCCACCUCACAGAAGAUUUAUGAUAGGCCAUUUUACGAUAUUUACGUCAUGUACGCGGUCAGAGCUUUCGGGAAGUCGACGCUUUGGGCGACUGAGGUCACGCACGGUGCCGGCAAAACGACAGCUCUGACGCAUUUUGGAAACUUUCAGUGUAAAUAUUUCUUUGUUGAAGUAGUUUUAACAUAUCAUGAGAAAAAAUAAAUAUUUAAGUAAA